UGUGAAGCAUGAUUUCGUCAUUCGGAUCCUUGGAGUCGUCACACAGACUCCAGUAAAGUUUAUCUCGGUUGUUCCUAUCCACUCUCAGCGUUUUGGACCGAGUUCGGAGCGGAACUCGGUACCGUUUCUGGCUCUCUCAGAUUGUUGGUGUCCCAGAGGUUUUCAACGGAACUUUGGACCGAAGCCUGGCGGUUUCUGAACCGUUUUUCCGACCUUUGGACACGAACAGCAGAAAGCUAACAGCUAGCUGGGCUGCAAAAUUUCAUCGACUUUCUGCUCGAGUUCUGGUUCUGGGUUCUUCCUGGGUUUCUGUCCCAACUCUGCUGAAAUACCUGGAGUUGUGUCCCAGAUAGAGGAAGAUGGAAUGUGAGAGCAGAUAGCGGCGAAGCAGAACCCUUUCUGGACCCGGAACCGACCCGUCAAGAUGGCCACAGAUUUCAGCCUGAUCCACCGAACCUGCAAAUUGGUGGUUCUGCUCUGCUUCCUCCACAUCUCCGUCACCUUCUUCUUCUACGUCCGAACCCUGGACAUCCGGUUCUCUUUCGUCCAGAACCAGCAGUCCCACUCCAAUCUGACCCGGCUCAGACACGGCUUGGUCCCGGCCAGCAGCUCCGGAACCGAACCGAAAGAGACCGCGACCCGGAGGGGGCAGGAGGUGGAGCGGCAGCCGACCGAACGGGGUCAGAACACGACAGAGGAACCGAUGAAACCGCUGGAGAAAUGUCCAGAAACAUCCCCUCUGCUGGUGGGCCCCCUCAGGGUGGAGUUCAACAUCCCAGUUAGCCUGGAGCAGAUCAAGAGGGACAACCCCAACAUCCUUCCCGGCGGCCGGUUCCGACCCAAGGACUGCGUGGCGCUGCAGAAGGUCGCCGUCAUCAUCCCGUUCCGUAAGCGAGACGAACACCUCAAGUUCUGGCUCUACUACCUUCACCCGGUUCUGCAGAGGCAGCAGCUCGACUACGGAGUCUACGUCAUUAACCAGGACGGAGACGAGGUCUUCAACCGGGCCAAGCUGCUGAACGUGGGCUACAUGGAGGCUCUGAAGGAGUACGACUACGACUGCUUCGUCUUCAGCGAUGUGGACCUGAUCCCCAUGGACGACCGCAACACCUACAGGUGCUUCAGCCAGCCCAGACACCUGUCUGUGUCCAUGGACAAGUUCGGCUUCAGGUUGCCCUACAAUCAGUACUUUGGGGGCGUUUCGUCAAUGAGCAAAGAGCAGUACCUGAAGAUCAACGGCUUCCCCAACAACUACUGGGGCUGGGGCGGCGAGGAUGAUGACAUCUACAACAGGCUGGCCUCCAAAGGGAUGAGCAUCUCCAGAGCCAGCGGAGAGGUGGGGAAGUGCCGCAUGAUCCGACACAACCGGGACAAGAAGAACGAGCCCAACCCGCAAAGGUUCGACCGGAUCGCCCACACCCGCGAGACGAUGCACAAAGACGGGAUCAACUCUCUGACCUACAGCCUGGUCCGGGUGGAGAAGCUGGACCUGUUCACCAAGAUCACAGUGGACGUGGGGAAGCCCUGAGUGGGCCGGAACCGGACCGGGAGCUGGGACUGGAACCGGGCCCAUGCGCCGCCUCUGACACUUGAAGCUUUAAAUUGUGGUUCUGGUUCUGUUGGACUGGGCCUGCUGUACUCAUCUCGUUGUUGCACAAACAGACUGAAUGUUAUUUUUUUUUUCUGCCUUGAGAAAUCUUCUGAUUGGUCGACUGGAGCCAAUCAAACGCUGCUGCAGCACAUCGUUAAAAAGGCUCUUAUUUUGAAAAUCUGACAUGGGGGGGGGGGAGGGUUCUGGUUAUGUUGUUAGCUUUUCAUCCAAUCAGAUGAGAGCUCAGUGAUCCAGCUCCUUUCUGAUUGGAUUAUUCUAGGGCGGGGCUAAAAGCUGACAAUCUGAUUGGUCAGCUUCUCUGACAGAACAGUUCUGUUGGACCCAGGAGGUUCUGCUUGGUGACGAGAGGCUGAAAGUUCUGGUUCAGAACCAGCCGAACCAGAACCUGAAGCGGGUACCAAAGAACCGAGUUCUGGAGGUUGUCACCGGGCUCUGCUCUUCGCUCUGGAACCAAACAGAACCAGACCUGGUUUCAUUUGGACCAAACGUUCUGGGAGAACCUGGAAACUGUGACUGGACCGGACCAAACCUGACCGGACCUCGCCUCUCAAAUUGGAUCUGGUUCCGGUUUUUAUUAGAAUAACUCAGAUUAUAUUCAGAACCCGGUCCAAACUCCAGGCGGAUGUGUGAUAGAUGGUCAGAUCUCAUCUGGACCAGAACUGGGUCCAUUUUUUCAGUGUGUGAUUAGCAGAUCUGAUGAUUAUUGAUUGAUUUAGAAUGAGGCUCCUUCCUGCAGCUGUUGGUACCAAAGAGCUUAUCGAUCAUGUGGACCGGACCGGGUCGUCCAAUCGAUCAGUGUGAAUGUGUCUCUGCUUCUCCUUCCUGUCUGCAGACCAAACUGUGUGGAACAAUCACCUGUAAUGUGCCUUAAACUGGGUCAGAACCAGAAUGUUGAUUAAAAAAUCAAAGUGA